AUGGGUCACCCCGCAGGUCUCCGUGCUGGUACGAGAUACGCCUUCUCUCGGAAUUUCCGGGAGAAGGGUAUGAUCAGGCUCUCGACCUACUUGAAGACGUACAAGGUCGGCGAUAUUGUCGAUAUCAAGGUCAACGGUGCCGUCCAGAAGGGUAUGGCGCACAAGGUCUACCACGGCAAGACUGGCGUUAUUUACAACGUCACCAAGUCGGCGGUCGGCAUCAUCAUCUACAAGAAGGUCAAGCACCGUUACCUCGAGAAGCGUCUCAACAUCCGGAUCGAGCACAUCCAGCCCUCGCGGUCAAGGGACGACUUCCUGCGCCGCGUUAAGCAGAACGCCGAGCUGAAGAAGAAGGUCAAGGUUGAGGGCCAGCCAGUGCAGCUCAAGAGACAGCCCGCUAUGCCCCGCGAGGCGCGGACGAUCUCGAUCAAGGACAACAAGCCGGAGACGGUCGCCCCUGUUGCGUACGAGACCACGAUUUAA